AUGCAAACUACUAACAAUCAACAAUCAAACGAGUGGAAUAAUCAAAGUGAGUCUUAUCAGCUGUGACGCCUAAAAUAAUUGUGUUAUUUUUAUCAAACAAUUUUCUAGUUAUACCACCACCACCACUAACACCAACUUUCGAUGGAGAAGUGCAUUUUUUGGGUCCCGACACGGUUAAAUAUAUAUCACCGCCACGAAAACCACAGUUUCCAUCGCAUUUCGCACCACAUGGAUAUCAAGUUCAUCCGUUUCAACAAUUUUAUCCGCAACAAUUUGCAUAUCCGCCGCCGCAGCCACCGCAGCCGCAACAAAUGAUGUUUAUGCCACAAGGAAUGAUGAUGCAACCUGUUCCACAAAUGGUGCAACCUGUUCCGCAGAUGAUUGCGCAACCUACGAUUCAGCAGGUUGUACCGCAAGUUGUUACAGCACCGACGCAAGCUCCUGCUGAGCAAAUGCAGUCGCAACCUGUUACCCAACCGCAAGCAGCCACUCAGAGUGAGUUUUUUGGGAGGGUUUUUGAUGAAUAGUUUUUUUUUGAUAGCUGAAACUGGAAGUACCAAAAAACGUUGUUCUCGACGAGAUUUUAUUCAAAAAAAAAAUGUUUUUAAUCCUAGAAAAUCGAUUUCUAGAAUUUUCUACUUUUUUAAUAAAGGUAGAAAAUCUAAUUUGCAUUUUUGAUGAAAAAUUUAAAUUCUGUAAAUCUAACUUGAACUGCAGUGGAGCGUACUUGUAGUUUUGACGUUGAAUAUAUUUAUAUUUAAAAAUUUCUAGAAAUUUGACCAAAAUUGCAUUAGAGCGCGUUUGAAAUUUCAACAACCCCAAUUCUCUUCCAGACAUUAAUGUGGUCGUAAAUUCCUCGCCAACCGGAACGUUGCCAGGUGGACUCACAGGAACUCUUCCCGGUUCAAUCGGAGGCGGCGGCGCCUCAACUCUGCUUUGCCCAAAAUGUCGAUGUGGAAUUAUAACGCGAAAAGAUGACAAAAAGCGGCGGGUUAGUCAUUUUUCAGCCAAAAAACCAAAAAAAAAAAAAGAAAUGAUUUUCCUGCUCAAAUUUCUCUAAUUAAGUAAUUGAAAGAGCUCAUUUUUGACACCUCCCAGUUUUUUUUUCAGCGGGCAAAAAAAUUUGAUAUCAUUUUUCCAGCGACAAAUCUUUUGUCUCACAAUUUUCUGCUUUCCGUGCACUUUCGGAUUGUUGUUGUGCUGUUUGCGUUGUAAUCACGUGGAUACAUGCGGAGCGUGCGGCAAAAAAUAUGGGCAUCGCGGAAAGAAGGCGGAAAAUAUGAAGGUCAAUGCGGUGACGCUGUGAGACCGUUUUUUAAACAUUUUUAAAUUCGUGGGUAGAAAAAUUCAGGUAGAAAAAAAGUUUUUCUCUCCAAAUAAUUUGGAAAAAUUUAUUCUUCUAUUACAGUACAUUUUGCAGUUUAAAGGAGCUACAGUAGCUUGCAGCUACCGUAAGAACUUUUCGAACUACAAGGAUUACUGUACAUAAGGCACAAACUGUAGAACUGCAAAAGGUACUGUAACUGAAAAAAUUGGAUUUGCGAGAUAUUUUGAGAUUUUGUGAAACAUUUUUCUUUCUACCUGAAAUAAUUUCAGCCCCAACUUUUUAUCUGUAAAUAUUGAUAUAAUUUUGAGCAUGUUUUCUUUUUUUUCUCGAAUAAAAAAUAAGUUGUCUUCUUCUUCUUCUUCUUUCCAGUUUUUUUUCUCCCCGCGCUUUUUCUCCUUUUUUCUGAUUGAACUAAUUUUGAAUAGCUUGUUGAAUUGAGAAAAAAAACUAUGAUGUUGAUUUUUUCUCAUUUUUUUUUCUUCGUUCAAGAAAUGACACGAUGAGCAGCAAUAUGAUUAUGACAAUGAUUGGACGAAAGAAAAGUGCGACGAGGACGACUUGGUCGAAAGUUUCGCGACAUUUUUCGCAGAGUGAAGGUGAGUCGAGGGAUUUUUGAGGAAAUUCUGCAUUUUUUCGUCAAAUCUUGUGUUUCUAGCCUUAAAACUUCAAUAUUGACGAGAAAUAUAGAAUUUACCCCAAACUUGACCUCACAUUUUUUUUUUCAAAAUUUCCAAUUUCUUCAUUCAGGCGGCAACACAUAUAUAGUAAGUGAUUACGAAUUCGAAAGUGAUCUCGAAAAUGUGUUCGAUCCAAAUCAUCAAAGAUAUUUAUGUUGUUGCGGACAUGCACAUUCAAUAACUGGAAUGAAAAUCAUUGGUGGAAUGCUUUGCAUAACUGUUUUAUUCGAGUUAUGGAAACUUGUUGUCACUGUUUUAUCGAUUGGUGUUCUACCAAAUGUGGAUGUCAAUGAUCCCGCCAUUCGAUUUGUUAUUGGUGUUUUUUUGGCGGGAAGUGUAGUGUGGGCAAUGUAUAAAGAGAGAGCCGAAUUGUUGGUGCCCUAUUUGUUGUUGCAGGUAAGUACUACUAGAAACACUUCAACUUUGGAAAUUUCAAAAUUGUUCCCACGUGGCAUUUUUUACCGUACCACGGGAUUGUUUGGGGCACUGUAGAAUCCAAACUGCAAAAAAUUCGAAAAAUUAAGAGUGACCUAAAAAUAUUUUUUUUUAAUAGCAAAGAGGUAUUUUGAAUCUACAGUAUACCCAGAGCUCACAAAAUUGUAACUCAAUAUUUUUUUUCAAAAAUAUUUUGCAGGGCGUCGCGAUUGCAAUAAUCCUGGUCUUUUUCGUAUCUUUCAUCUACAUUGUUCUGUUCGGCGAUAUAAAAAGCGGUGCAACGGUUUUACGAUCAUAUGGGUUUCCGGUGAAAUCGAAAGACGGGUCCGGAUAUAUUAGUAAGUCAUUGGACUUUUAAAAUUAGAGGGUGAGAGGGGUAGAGAAAGAGAGAGACGCAGACAAACCGAAAUUCCUUUCCAACACAAAAACAACAAUACUCCGCAGAUUACGCUGCAUGGUUGUCUGUCGGAUCAGUCGCCAUCAUUUUGGUCCUUCAAAUCUGGUUGGUUUGUAUCACCGUUGCUUGCUGGCGAUUUUUUCGCGAUAAGCGAAACAUGGUUGCGAUGAUUUUUCCGAAUCGAGGAAUUUUGUAUGAAAUUGGAGAUGAUGAUGAUGAUGAAGAAGAGGAAAAUCCAAUGAAAAUCCGAACUUCAAUGUCUGCCACGGAUUUUGAAGAAUUCAAGAAGAGGGAGAAGGAGAAGAGCAAAAAGAAAAGCAAGAAAAAAGAGAAGGCAAGAACGAGAUCGUUUUCUGCCACGUCGGAAGUUUGA